AUGAAUAAGACUGGUAUAUUAGAAACCUUUAUUAUCCCCCAUUGUGAUAAUAAGCCAAUGGUUAGUAUGAUCAAUGGAAAUGAUCACUCAGAAUUAACUCCAAUUAUUGAAUCAUGGAUAUCUAAAUUAGUAGAAUAUAAUGUGAAAGCUGUUCACUGCCCUGGAUCAUUAAACAAAGUAGCUGAUCUACUAAGUAGAUCUGUAGACAUGGAAAUAGUUAAUAAUAUUUCACAAUUGUAUAGUACAAAAGAUAUGAACAUGGUCGGUGAAUAUGAUUUAAAAAGAUUACAAAAUGAAGAUAAAUCCAUCACAGACUUUAAAUUGGACAAUCUUCAUGGCCUAAAGAGAAAAACAUUAAUAUUAAUAAAAAAAUAUCAUAGGUCCCGUAUUUUUCUAAAAACAAAUUUGAGGAAGUGGCAAUAA